AUGUCGUCCUCCGGCCCUGCCGGUCGUACAAGAUGCGACGGUUGCAUAGCACUAGAAGAUACUGUCAAACGGUUGACAGCGCGCCUUGACGCCCUCGAACAUGGCUAUGCGCACUCCUCGCGCGACCGCACUUCCAGUCCAGAACGUGAAUGCUCCUCGGCCCCGAGCGGAUUGACCGAAAUUGCUGUCGCCGAGUCGGAGGAAGUAUAUCAUGCUGCCAUCGAGAGGCAAGCAACUGUACUGGACUUACCCACAUAUUCAUCGUCGGACGGCGUUGUGGAUUCGUCACAGGUCGAAGAGUUCGAGCUCUCGUUCCCGCCAACGCUCUCAGAUGCGAGUACAAUCUUGACGAGUCAAGAAGAUCAAGAUAUGCAUGUCGGUGAUGUCGAACCCCAAUCUGCGCCACAACCUUGGCCCCGGCUUCGCAGACCUCGCAGACGAUACGGUGGGAUACCACCUCCCAGUAGACGUACUCCAGAGAACGUCAGCGAGCUAAUGGAUGACAAAGGGAUGGGUUGGCGCCUCAAGCCACUUAUACCGCGCUACAAACGGCAGUGGAAUGCUCGCGAGAGGGCUCGGGGGGAGCACUUGGCGCGUCAAGGUCUGCCGUAUACCCUGGAGCUGUACGACGAUCCCGACGAAAUCCCCGACAUAGUGAAAAACUUGUAUAAAGAUGUCCCGAGUCUGUUUGUUUGUCUCGUCUCGCUGUCUCACCGCCUCGUAUCUUCCGUCCCCUCAUCAGGUUCACGCUGCUGUGCUCAUAAUAUUGGUUUACCCUCUCAGACCAUCGGUCGUGACACCGGCUAUCCUUGCAGAUGGCUGCUCGCAAUGCUCGAACUAUUACACCACUCUGUCAUCUGCGCGGCUGUGGGUUGUGCACCUAAGCCCUCCGCGAGCACCUUUACGAGCCCCGGAUCACUCGCAUGGUACUCCAAACACCCCAGCCACAAGGUGCUAACGACGAUUGACGCCGGACUGACUGCCGCGCUGUCGAACACCGAAUAG